AUGCCACUGCUCGAUAUGAUCGGCGUUGAUGCCUGUCAGCGGUCAUUCUGUAUUGCCUUUGCCUUCCUCAGUGGUGAAGACGAAAAUGACUAUAUCUGGGCACUGGACCAACUCCAAUCGAUAUACGAGUUAUAUGACAUUCGCCAGCCAUCGGUUAUCCUGACAGAUCGCUGCCUCGCCUGCAUAAACGCAAUUUCCCGGUGCUUUCCUGCGUCCAAGUCUCUGCUUUGCAUCUGGCAUGCGAAUAAGGCGGUGCUUAGCUAUUGCAAACCAGCUUUCGACCGUGACGAUGAGGACUCUAAUAGUGAUGAGAGGUGGGCUGAGUUCUUUGGGUAUUGGCACUCAAUCGUGGGCUCGAAAGAUGAGGAGACAUUUGAUCAACAAGUUGAAGAGCUCGAGAAGCGCUUUGUGCCACGAUACGUCAAGGAGGUUAGCUACAUACGGGAAACCUGGUUGGACCCGUAUAAGGAAAAGCUCGUCAAGGCCUGGGUCGAUCAAUAUGCUCACUUCGGCAAUGUGGCUACUUCCGGGUGGAAGGCAUCCACGCAUUAUUGA